GGAGCCUUACCAACUUGGACCGUUCAACCCGUGAACUUCACUUCUAUUGUUCAGGGAAAGAACAUAACCCUCGCGUGGGAGUAUAAUGUUGAUGGAAAGUUUGCACAAGCUCAAUUUUCCGAUUUGAAGAAAGCUGGGAAAGAGAAAACGGUUGCUGUUAAGUCUUCAGCGAAUGGAAACGUAGUCGUUGCCUCUGAUUACCAGGAAAGAUUCAUUGUGCGUAUAUCAGCCUCACAAACACUAGUAACAAUUCUCAGAGCACAGAAAGCUGACAUUGGAAAGUACAAGCUGCAGGUGAUAAACCGGAAAUUGGAAACAAUAAACAGCGUGGUGGAGGUUUCAGUUCAUUGUAAGUACUAUUGAUGCACAGACACGGGAAAGACUAAUAAAAAGAUGGACAGACACACACACAUCUUGAAAGACAUGCAAACACACCGCCCAACAGUUAAACAGACAACUUGUUGGAGUUGAGGUACUUGUUGGGCCCCAGACCUCCGAUGAUCUACUUCUGAGCUACAGAAAACUUGGCCAUCACUAAGUUCGUUGGUGACACGUGACCAGCAAAGUGCUAUGAUCAGCAUUGUCAAAAACGUUGUGCGAGUGAAGGGAUUAAGAAUAGAGAUGAAUUUUUAGAUUAUGAUGUUUGGUCAAAAUCAACUAGAAUAGGCUUCCGCGGUGUCUGCAAACGAUUUUAACCUAAUAAAUACACUAUUCUUUAUCACUGAUUCGUUUGGAAUUCCAAAAGGAAAGAGAGGCUUGAAAAUCUACCAUUUGUUUUCAUUCUCAGAUCUACCAACCAACACUGUUCUCUCAGUAUUUCCAGACAGCAGCGAAGUGUUUGGAGGAAGUGUCUUAUAUGAGAAAUGCAGCACAGAUGCCAGACCUGAUCCUCACAUUUUUCUCUUAUACUUCAAUGGAAAUUUUAUCAGUAACAGUAGCUCAGGGGAGUUUAAUGUCACAGUUUACAGCGAUGGAGUAUACACAUGUGCUCCCAUUAACACAGUUGGUUCGGGAGACAAUGCAUCGUUUAGCGUCACUAUUUUUGGUAAGAAUCCAUCAGCGUUGUUGAUAGGCUUUCUUAAUGAAAUCUACAUAAUGCACCAAUUACAGCUUAACUCCACAUUGCAGUAUGUCUGGUAAGUGAUAGAGCAAAUGUGACUUGAAAGUGUGGUUCAUGUUAAAAUGUGGCACGAAUCCAGUGUGCCUCUAGCAUUCGUAUCUUAUUUGGGCGUCUCCUGUCUUCUCUUGAGCAACAAGCAGUCUAUGCUACCUUGUGCUUUCAAAUCGUCGGUAAAAGCCAUUUAAAAUUUGUCUCAAUUAGCCUCUAAAACACUUUGUAAUAACUUUCCAUUUUCACCAAAACCAGGCAAGGCUACGAUAGGUUUGGAACCCAGAAACGUCACAGCAUUGGUAGGUGAGGCCACAUCGCUGAAGUGCCUUGCUCAUGGGAAUCCUCCGCCAACUAUUACGUGGACUCGUCAUGGCAUUGGAAAUGGUUCAGAGCUCUUUUUUCCUUCAGCGAAGUUCUCUGACAGUGGGUGGUACAGAUGCGUAGCUACAAAUGCUUAUGGAGUCUCUUUUAGUCCACUUGCAUACCUCGAUGUAACCGGUAAGGUACUUGACCCUUCUUGCGGCAGAAUUAAAAUCGUUAGAUUUUAAGCGGUUUUAAGCAAUUUGAUCGGCUCUUUUUACUCCUUAGACAGUGCCAGUACCUUCAUAAAUGGGAGAAUGACAAUAUUAAAUGAAAAUUUUGAUAAUGGCUUGAAAAAUCCUUCAAGCGCAAGAUAUCAAACCCUUAAGAGGCAGUUUGUUGAGGCGGUAAGUGUUUAAAUUAUUGAUUCUAUUGUUAACCCUUUCACUCCCAAGAUUGUAUUUAGAAUUCUCCUAACUACCUGCCAUACAAUAAUUAUGAUGUUAGUUCUAAGAAUUUGGUAUUGGAUCAAUCAAUAAAACCCUAACUUAUAUUUUUCUAUAUUCUCGUCACUCAUCUGCUUGAUAUUGUAGUGAUAUUGUGAGGAGAAAUUCUGUCUUGUUCACAGAUGGGAGUUGAAGGGUUAAACAACGGGCUGCGGUGUCAGGUUUUGAGUCCUCUCAUAAUGGCAUCAUUACAAUGAUUAUUAGUGCGAACACAAUCUCAAUUGAAUACCAUCCCAAAGGCUCUUUUUUCUUCCAGUCUCUUUUGAGGGAUUACUUUGAACCGAGUGAGGGAAACUUAGAUAAAAGAUGAGACGAGGAGGGCUUUUUUUAAGUAGUGGUAGAUGAAAGGGAGUAACAUGAUUAUUUUGCUUAAUGGGAAGUCACUUAUUUAGCGGGAAGCUUCUGGAAAAAAAUGCUUCACAUUAGACUCUACAGGAAAUUACAACUAUGCCACAAAUCAAUUUCGUGGCCUGAGGUUAUCCUAAGUUAGCGGAGACAAAACUUCUAGCGCCAAUGAUGUUUCAUCUUCAAGGAAAAACUCUGCCGAACUCAACGAUAAGUCGCGUUUCAAAAGCAUAGCCAAAACUUCGCGAGAUGUUGCUGUUGAACUCAGACACGUACUGUUGCUUUGUAGUAUUGCAAUAGUGGUGUUUGAGUUCUUUCAUGAAAAGUUUUAAUAACAGUUCAUAUUCAUAAUUUAGGUAAGGGAAGUUUUCAAGAGUGACAGUUCCUUCCAUAGCACGGAUGUCACAAGAUUUGAGUAAGAGGCAAUUGAACGAAUUUAAGUAGCCAAACCACCCAUUACCACCUCAUGUGAUGGCAUUCAUAUAUUCAUCUAUCCAUUAAUUCCUCCCUUAAUAUAUUCAUCCCUUACUCCCUUCAACUAUCCACUCAUUUACUUACCCAUUAAUCCUUCCCUCCCACCUUCCGUCUGUCCUUGCCUAGUUCCCACCUUUCAUUCAUUCAUUCAUUAAUUCAGCUAUCUAUAAAUCCAUUCAUCCAUCCUUCCUGUCUUACAUCCAUUAAUCCAUCCAUCAGAUCUUUCCCUUCCUUAAUCUAUCACUUCUUGCCUCUUUUCAUCCAUCCAUCCACCCAUCCAUUUCGACAUCGAUCCAGUCUUGUCAGUCAGACUCUAGUUUGAUCAUAUUCUAAUUCCGUUUGAUGACGUUUUCAUCUGCAGAAAAGGAAGUGUGAUCAUUCUUUUCGCGUUAACUUUCAAAGAAGUAGUUCGAACAGACAGAAAAAUCACUAUUUUAAAAAAUGCUGCCAGUGACGGAAGAAUUGGUGUCUUAGAUGUUGAUCCUGUCUCCGUCAUGGCUAUCCGUGAAACUAAAGAACCUGCCACCAGUAAUUUAGAAUGCAGGCCGUCAAGCUCACCAGAGAGCUCAGGUAUUUUUUUCUGCCCGUUUGUAGAGUACUGUGGGACGAGGAAAAGUUUAUAAUCUCACUGAAAGGUUGAAAUGAAACUAAGAUCAGUGCUAUAGAACUUUUCCGAAGUAUUUUAAAGGUGGUAUGUUCUUAGGUUGAAAACGUCUCUAAAAGCAUAUAGGGUAAAAUGAAUUUUAAAAAAAAAAUAAUAAAAUAACAAGGUUCUCUGCUGAAACUUACGUACUUUCUGUCAGUGUAAUCUCUGACAUCAAUGAGAAAUAAUCCUGUGGCAAAUAGAUGGUUACUUAGCUCGUGUGAUAAACUAGUUUAAAAAGGCUUUGCUUCCUGAGGUAGCUGGUAAGGGCUAACAGAGCGGUUUUAGCGUAGUAAGUGUGAAAGAUUUCUAUUAGAGACGUUUAUACUCCUAUGGCAGAUAAACGAGCCUGGUAAGCUUUAAAAAAUAAUCAGCGAUUUUCUGAUUUGCUCCGCAGCUUGCUCAAGUGACAAUAAAAUAUUUGGAGCAGUGAUAGGAGUUCUUGUUUUCGUAAUCAUUGGCCUGCUUAUUUUUAUAUUCUUCCUGCAAAGAAGAUCAGGUAACUGUAACAUAAAUUGUAGCUGAACAGAUAACAAACUAAACUGGGAAGAUUCCAUGACAGUGAACUUGAAAACAGAGUGGAGUCCCAUUGUUUUUCUAACGAUGUCAUGUGAACAGCGACACCUACUCUGGAUACUGCUUGUCUUGUUUAGGCGAUGAGGCCGAGAGGUAAAGGGUCAUCCCAUAAUAAGCAUCUUCCACUGCCGUUUUUACUUGGUUUCACGUGACGUUAGUCAUGUCUCAGUCGAACUUGUCUCAUUCACACACGCCCUUUAGUUGAAGGCGGCAACGAAGUUGUCCAGAGGCCGAACUAUAAUACGAAACCAAGAUCGCCCACUCAUUAUCUGAAUGUCUGUUGAAAACUAACCAAUCAUCUCGGAGCUUCAUGUUUCCUAUGAGGUGACUCAUAUCCAUCCAAAAUGUUCGCCUGAUGAAGAAUAACAGUACACCUCGAAAUUAAGCAUCGCAAUCCAUAUCAGAUCGCACUUCACAGUGUAGCAUAAACGAUUACACUUUCCAGUAUAAACAAAUCUAAAGAAGCCGCAUUUAGGACUUUAAAUUGUUUCUACAUUGCCUUUCCUUCGUUUUGUGUUAAAAGAUACUACAACCUAGCGGUGUUUGCCCCAUAAUUCCCAGAAUGGUUAAACUUCUGUUAUAGUUAAACGAUGGACACCACUUUUUAACCAAAGCUGCGUCCAAUUUAAAGUUGGAGCCUUAGUUUUCACUUAAAUUCAGGUUUAAUGUUCAUAUGGUAUUUUGGUUGAAUUUUCGAUAUUCUUCACAGCCGCAGAAUUUCUAUCAGCUGAACAAACAAAAAAGAAAAGUUCAAUAUAGAUUUAUUAUUUGUUGUUAUAGUAAGUUUCGUUUCUUCGUUUAGGAAUGGAAUCCAAGCAAAGGUAAGUAAAAACUUUCCCGCAAUUAUUGUUUCUAAGCUGCCGAUGAUCUUUCGUAUUUUUGUAACAAUGUUUGGUUCACCUUUGAUGCACAAAAAUAUAACGCAACUGAUUUACUUGGAGUAAGUAUUAAAUGUUUAUUACAAAAUAUUUGGUAAAGAAAAACAAUAUUUAUCAAAAAAGCUAGUCUUAUUCGAUAGAAAUCGAUGUAUCAAGAAGGUGUACCUUUGUCUCUACUUUCUUUCAAGGAGAUGUGAAAUGGUCAGAGAGGAGACUCAGCCCAGACCUCUUAGCGUAAGUUGAAUAUCACGGCUGUAUCUAACUUCGGAUCAAAUUUAAAGAAUCUCUGUCUUUCAUAUUUCCUGCUUACAAGUUGCCUUCUAUCAGCGGUCGUCGCUGUGGAUAUUACCGACCAGAGCAUAGUUGAAGAGACUAAUAUCGGCAGAAAAUUUUUCUUGAAAAUUUGUUGAGGAGGGAUUGUGACAAAUUGAAAUUCUGUGUAGAAACGAUGUCUGGGUUAUAACUGCUUAGUAAACUCCUGCAACAAUUAAAUACUUUGUAUAUCAACAUUUUUCAAUUUUCCAUAGUAACACUUCCAUUUUUCUCGCACAGUUAAGCCUAAUUUUCCUAAAACGUGCCUAAAACCCGACAUGAAGGUGUCAAUUAUAAUACUGCAUAAGCCCUGUUUUUACAUUUUAGAUUCUUUGAAACAGCUUUAAAGGCCCCACUUAUGAAAAACUUUGAAAACGCACAAUUACCCAGGGUGGAUUCAACUACCUAACAUCGUGUUAUCAACCUCUUUCAUAAUGUUGUUCUUCUUUUCCUUUGAAGUAUGAAAUUUCCAUGUCUAGACUUGAACAAGUUGUAAUGCAGACGAACCGCGUAACCGUAGAAGGAUCUUUGGCAGAAACAUCGGAAACAGAGGUUGAUACAGAACUGAUAGAUACUGGAAUCGCUGGAUACGAGUCGGCCUUGCCGGUCACCAACUCCUCUUGGAAAGUUCCACAAGAAAAUGUGUCUGUAAGAGAAACAAUAGGCAAGGGAGCCUUUUCUCAGGUGGCCAGGGGAACAGUUAAAAAUCUCCAAGGGGCUUCUGAAGUGAUAGUGGUUGCAGUUAAAAUGCUGAAAGGUAGAAACUAUCACUGUUUGAGUCUAUGGACAUUUCUCUAGAUGGCUUAGACGCAUCCACCGCCUUUCUACACCACCUUUACAUGCAUUCCUUUCGGGAAUAUCAUUCAAGCCUAUCAUGUAAACUUCAAGUCGAUGGCUUUUGUUUAGUCGCCAUGUAGGGCCUUAGAUUUGUUUUCCAUAGAGCCAGAAUACUUUCUUCAAUUUUUAUUCGAAAGACUUGUUUCCUCUAAAGCCAGGAGACUUUCUUCAACUCCUACCGCGGAAACAGACCUCAAGAGCAGAAGAUAAACGGAAAAGAACAAACAAGCGAGUGUUGAAAGAAUGUGACAACUUCUAACCACAAAGCAAAUGUCUGACAAAUAAAUUUUUAGCCUCAUUUUCUAUAAAAUAGAAAAAAAAGGAACCAGCGUAUUAAAUGGUAGGUUAAGAAUGAUUGAUCUUAAGUUUUAAGACAAUAUUUGACUAGCAUCAACAGUUUAGUCUACGCUCGACUGCAAAAGCGUUGACAUUUAAAGAGGGUUUACAAUAAACGAUGAGACCUCACGGCUUUAUGGGCCAAAUGUAAAUAAUAGCCACCACUAGAUACCCGUGGCGAAUGAUAACAGCUAUCCAGGCUUUCGUAGAUGAAAAUAAUUAUCAUAGAAAAAAGAGAUUUCGCAUAAAAAAGGGGAAAAAGAGAAUCACAUAUUAUGUAUCUGUGCGAAAAUUUCCCAUAAAGCCAUAAAGUUGGGUCUCAUUACAUUUAGGGGGGAAAUAUUUUUACGAUCGAGUAUACUUUUUAUCCGGCUUACUCCCACAUUUUUUCUACUUUUGAAUAACAGAAAACGCUCCUACCUCUGAUAGGAAGGAUCUGCUGUCAGAGCUUGACCUUAUGAAGCAACUCAAACCUCAUCCAUACGUCAUCAAACUACUAGGAUUUGUUGCUGGUAACGUAUAAAAAAAUUUAAAAAAAAUUGAAAUAAAUAAAGUAAAAAGAAAAAAGUCUCAUAGUGCAAGACAGACGAAAAAUUCACAAAGGGUUAAAUUUUAAAACGCAUUUUUUCCAUUGACAGAACCGCUAUUGGUGUUGACUGAGUAUGUUCCAUUUGGAGACCUGCUCGGUUAUUUACGAAAAAGCCGAGGACUAAACGACAGUUACUACAGCAACCCGAAGUUCACAGCAGAAACUAGUUUGACGGCGGAUAAACUGAUGAAGUUUGCUUGGCAGAUUGCCGAUGGAAUGAGCUACUUGUCCACUAAAUGUGUAAGUUAGUUCACAGGCUGUCGUCAGUUCACUCUGCUAUCUAAUACUCCUUUAGUGGAACCGCGCCAAGUCAUUAAUUCGGAUUUGACCCCAUUUUUCCAGUCCUGCAUUUGACGGCAAUUGAAGCACUUGCUAAUGUAAGAUUUGACAUCAAAAUCAGUCACCCUCUUUUCCUGGUAAAUAAAAAAGCUGUCUCAAACCAGUUGUUGCAUUGGCUGUUUCAUGAUUUAUCAUAAGGAUGUACAGAAAAUGUGUAAGCAUUGUAAUUAUGCAUGCUAUCUCAAAUCAAGCAUUUGGCUUUUCUAUAUCUUUCGGAGCAGAUAAUUCAUCGAGACCUGGCAGCACGCAACGUGUUGGUUGGAGAAAAUGAGACCUGUAAAGUGACGGACUUUGGAAUGGCCAGAGAUGUGCAGCAAGACAGCAUAUACGAAAUGAAAACUACGGUACAAUAAAUUAUCAUGUGAUUCGUUUAUUGUACAACAUAAAGUCAGCUUAAAUCCAGGAUAACCUAACUUACGCGGAAACACUUUCACGUCUUAUAACAUAGCUAGCAGAGCCGCGCAAUCAAAUUCAGUAUACGUAAGCGUGCUCAAAAUCCCGAUAGUGCACGCUGAUAGCGUGAGCAAAUCGCUUCGCCAGAAAUUUUUUUUUUCUCGCACGAGCGGCCAUUGUUAGCGCGGGAAAAAAUAAUACAUUUCGUGACAAUAAUGGAUACAAACAGAGACUCGGCCCACCAGUCCCAAAACGAAGACAAUUUUCCGACCUUUCCCCUUGGGCUAGUGUUCUUAAAUGAGGCAAAAAAAGAGAAAAAGAACGGAAAAGGAGACUCGGCAUCAGCACCGUCACGAUUCGCUUCACUGUCCGAGGAUGAAAUGCAACACAUUUUGACAAAAAGACACUCUGGUAAAACCAAACAAAUGACAAACAAUGGUCUGUUUCAACCUUCAAAGGUAAUCUUAAAUUUUUCCGUUUUAAGUAAAAUAAAAGUCGAGCUUUCAACUGAAAAUUUGAAAUAAAACCAAUUCCUAGUUUGCUUAAUAUUUCGCUUACCUCGAACAAUCACUUCUGAUAUUGCUGUCCGUUUUUCGCGUCGGAUUUGAUGCACAAUUCCACCGGCUAUGUUAUAAAGCAAUUGGUUCAUGCUUUUAGCUGUGCUCUCUUACUCCCAAAGAGAUGAUUUCCAUCUUUCUUUUCUUCUUUUUUUAUAUACUGGUCAACAGUACAAAUAUGCAUGCAUUACAUUUAACAAUUAGUUCAUGCUUUAGCGUGCACUAUCGAGUUAUGGAGCACGUGGGAAGUUUGGAGAGCAUUCAUGAAGCUAGAGCUGCCCUCGGUUAUUGCCACGGGCAACUCUUACGCUUCUUUCGUGCUCUCCAAACUUCCCACGUGCUCCAUAACUCGAUAGUGCACGCUAAAGCAUGAAAAAAUUGUUAAAUGCAAUGCACGUAUAUUUGUACUGUUGACCAGUAUAUAAAAAAAGAAGAAAAGAAGAUGAGAGCCCCUAACGUUAUGUUGCUAGUGAAAACCUAGUGCCAUGUGCUCAUUGUUUUCCAUAUUAUGAUGACUGAGAAUUUACGGGUUUAGAUAAACUCGAGCACCAGAAUAUUUAUGAUAUAUUGUUUAUAUCGGCAAGCUAGUUUUUAACUGACAUCAAUUUGUUACAGGUUAUAGAUAAAUAACAAAGUACCUAGUUUUAAAAAUCAAGAUGCUAAAUUUUAUCAAUAGAUGCUGACUUGUGAACAUUGAAAAGAGUCAUUCAACAAAAUAAAAACAGCUUGUAAAGAACAGAAUGUAGAGGGUGGUUUUCCUGUAGCUUGUGGCUAGUGAAGUACGUAAAAUUCACCUGAAACUCCUCAGCUGCUGCUUUUUAGAGAGCAGUUGACUCAAAUUGCAAAAAGAGAUACAUGUUUAUUAUAACAAUUUCAUUAAACUUCAGGGGCGACUUCCUAUCAAGUGGACUGCAUACGAGUCGCUUUUCUAUGGGACGUACACCACCAAGAGUGACGUGUAAGUAUUGACUGAUCAAAGUGCCAGUAACCCCACGCCUUAAUAAAUCAGUUUUACCGAAACAGCGUAAACGUGUAACGCUAAAUUGGAAUUUUACAGCGUUGGUAGUCAUUACUUGAACUCAAGUACUGAGAAAUUUUUAUUCUGAUUUCAAUCAUAACAUAUGCGGUAAGAGAAGCGCAAAAAUAACUUCUAACAAGAUGGAUACUUCUCUGUUACACAGCGCACAAAAAGGAGAAAACGAUCAUCAUUUCAGUAACUAGAAUUAUCUUUUCCACACACAAAAAAAAACAAAACAAAACAAAAACUGGUACCACCAAGCUACAAGAAUUAUAUCUGUCCCUUAAAUGAUUAGGGCUCUACUCAUCUAUAGAAGUAACCAUGAUAAGUGAAACUAAAUGUUCACAUUUUUACAGGUGGAGUUACGGGAUUGUCCUCUAUGAAAUCUUUACACUGGGUAAGAUUUUUUAAUGUGAUUUCCUGUACCCUGGAAGUAUUGUAAAUAACACUUUAUAGCCAUCAAGAAGAGUCAUCUUAUCCCAUCCGUACUAAUUGCAAUACGAUUAAUACUAGAUAAAAAGGUAUUGAUAGUAGCCAAGGUUUUGAUAUCUCACGUUAUAAUCUACCAAAUAACUUUUCUCACGCGCGAUUGGUUUAACGCAUAACGUAUUCGAAUAUGCCCCGAAAAUGAAAAAGCGUUCAGCUAUUGUUACUGAAGAAGGGAAAUGUUUGUUUGUUCAUUAAGCCGAACCAGACAAACACUGAAAGGUAAAUAUCCCACGCAACAGACAAUAAGCUGUUCGUAACAUUUUUACUACGCGUUGCGUAAACAUUUUGAAAAUGAUAAACACAAUAGCCUCCAAUUGGCGCGAAAAUAUACUAGUACAUUUGUCCUUCGAUAUUGUCUGGUCGUCAUCAUCAUCAUCAUCAUUUAUUAGCCAUUUGAGAUACAAUAUUUAUACCGGUUAAACAGUAUGGUAGGGCGAAGUGACCUCCAAGAAACCACCAGGCUUUUAGGGUAGACCACCUCGGUUGUCAAUAUGUUUGUAAUUAAGAUGUGGAUGUAGAUGUGUGGCUUGGCCAAUUCGGACUCAUUUCAUUAAAAAAUUAAUCAUCUUUAAAAGUGAAAAGCCAGUCAAACCGGUAAUCGAUAUUGAGAGAGAAUUCCAUAUUUUAGGACCUUGGUAGAGUACUGUAAAUUGUUUAAGAUUAUUACGAAAGUCAUGUGGUCGAUAGCAAUUGGCUAUGUAACAUAAUUGCGUACUUGCUUAUUUGCAGAGAACCAGCUGAGAAACAUCAGGGGCAAUGGUUGGUUAUGAUAAAACAUAAAUUCAGCUAUUUGCAAUGCGUUGACUUGGGAAAUAUCUAAGAUGCCCCGUUUAGGAAAUAUGAGGCAGUGUGUUCUCGAUAGUCUUCGAACCUUACAGUUUUCCUUGAGCUCCACCCUCGGGAAACUGUUUGCAUAUCUGAACGGAUGAUGUCCGUGGACAAAAACCCGCGCACAUUUUCGCGUCAAAUGGGGGCUAUCGUUUACAUUUCCUGUAAUUUAGAUUGCUUAUCACUUUUAGGUGGAUCGCCAUAUCCUGGUAUGGAGGGAAAAACGGUUCCAGGUUGGCUCAAACUUGGAUACAGGAUGCCAAAGCCAGUACACAUCGACGACAAAUUGUAUGAAUUUCUUCAAAUGUUAUUAGAUUUUAGAACAGUUUAUGUUCACCUCAACAUAGCCUUGAUACCCUCGUGGUGUCCUUUCUUUCGAAACUUCCUGACGCUGAUUAAAACGAGUACAAUAGUUUAUUUUGUUUCAACCCACGCUAACUUGUUUUCGAUUAUGUCAACAUCUCCCUUUUCAUGAUGAGAACUAAGUACCGCUAUAAUCAUACGAUAGAAAACAAACCUCUUGUUUGUCUCAGAUAUCAAGUGAUGUUAGAAUGCUGGCAAAUAGAAGCGAACGAAAGACCGACAUUUUCUAACCUUACAAAGAAACUUAAAGUAAUGGAAAACCAACACAAGGUAUAA